AACAAGAUCCCUCUCAUCCUCUCUCUCUCUCUCUCUCUCUCUCUCUCUCUCUCUCUCUCUCUCUCUCUCUCUGAUUCAGACUAAAUACUUGCAAAGUCGCUAGAGAGAAGAAGCUAGGCAGCUAUGGAUUUGAUUCACAAAGUGUUGAACGUAGCAGUCCCUCUACUAACAUUCACUGGAUUGCUUUUCUUUCUUCCACUUUUUCUCAUUUACAAGUUUAUUAGUUUCAUGCGUCGAUCAAAAUCCAUCGUAAACAUGGCCGGCAAAGUUGUCCUCAUCACCGGAGCAUCUUCAGGUAUCGGAGAGCAUUUGGCAUAUGAGUAUGCAAAGAGAGGAGCUCGUCUGGCGUUGGCAGCCAGACGAGAGGACCGCCUUCGGGCGGUGGCCGAUAAAGCUCGAGGGCUAGGCUCUCCAGAUGCCAUUGUGCUCCCAGCUGAUGUUUCAAUUCUUGAACACUGCAAUCGACUUGUUAAUGAAACCGUCAAUCACUUUGGCCAAUUGGAUCAUUUGGUGAACAACGCCGGGGUUCUGCAAGCUGGCUCGUUUGAAGAUUGGACACAAGGCCAAUUCUCUAAGUUGGUUUCGAUCAUGGACAUAAACUUCUGGGGUUCAGUCUAUUGCACCCAUUUCUCACUUCCACACUUGAGAAAAAGCAAAGGGAAGAUUGUUGUAAUUUCUUCAUGUGCAUCAUGGUUUUCUGCACCAAAGUUUGGUUUCUACAAUGCAAGCAAGGCAGCCCUGACUUGCUUCUUUGAGACAUUGAGGGCUGAACUGGGAUCUGAUAUUGGGAUAACAAUUGUGAGCCCAGGAGUGAUUGAGUCUGAGAUGAUAGGAAGCAGCCAAUUUUUAUCACAGGUUCGUUCAAAUUUGAUGCCAAGUAAGUCAACAGAAGGGUGCACAAAGGCAAUUGUGGACAGUGCUUGCCGUGGAGACAUGUACCUCACAGAGCCAGCUUGGGUGAAGUUCGGACUCUGGUUGAGGGUUUUCUGCCCUGAGCUACUUGAGAAGCUUUUCCAGCUAAUGGCAACGAAGAAGAACCCAGCAGGAACUUCAAUUAAAGAUGAUUAAUUAGGAGAAACAUUAAUUAAUUUCUGUUACAAUGUAAUAUUGUACUAACUUCUAUCACACUGCUCAUGGAUCAUGGUAGAGAAAAUCAGAGUAAAGAAUCCGGAUCCCGCUACUCGUAUCCCUUUUGAACGAGAGUCCAAUAAAUUAUUAUUUUUAGUUU